CUGAAUUUUACGCUGGUAUUUAUACCGAAAUACAAUAUACGCCCUUUUCCGGAGCGCAUGUCUCCGUAUCUUCUUUAGUACAGAUAAACUUAAGAUGAAUCAUUCCCACGCUCGCAACAUAGUCCAACGAGCGGGUGAAUCAUCUGUGUUAGGAGAUAAUGUUUACCCCUUUUCACCCGCGACAGGUCCCCCUUCUUCAAGACAGGCGACCCGACUGUACUAAUCUACCCGUGAUAACGGCUGGAAGGUCACUCUUGUUAACGCUAACUAUAAACCCGAUAAAAAUUGAAAGGGAAAAAAAAAAAUUUGGAACUGAUAGGUAAUAAUUUGAUCCGUGAAGGUUAUUGAAACUGAAUAAAACUCGGGUGCAUCCUUCUGCCGGCAUAGUAGUUUUUUGGUCUUUGCUGAAUAAAGGUCCUUCAAGAUGUUCACCUUUUCUGAAAUUCUGGAGAACCGGAGGUAUUUCGACGUUGCCGUUGUGCGGUUCGCCGAAAUUGUUUUUUGCGACCCUGUGAGCCGUCACUGCCGACUGGAUGUGUUAGACCAGAAGCUUUUCGAGGCGCUUCUAAUCGAUGCCAAGGAAACGGAUGCCUGUUUGGACUUCAUUCCCUUUGCUGGAGAAGUUUGGGAGCUAGGUGACUUUUACUACAGCACGUAUCCUGGCUACGCCCGUUAUCGUGAUCUCUAUUCCCACAACUACGCGCGGCUUCUGUGGUGGAUGGAGUCGGGUGAGGAUGUUUACCAUCCUCAUUCGCGACGUUCGGAUUUUUACCCCGAGAUCCUGUACUCUAGCAUGGAAUCCCAACUGGAGGCUCGCUUGGAGGCGCUGGAGGCGCUGAAUUCCUUGCGGUCGGAAGACGCCGCUAACUAA